AACGCGGAAGUGUACGUAAGGGAACCGCGUUCAGCAUUUCCUGGUGACGUUCAUGCUGCAGACGCAUAUUGUGAUAGCAGUGUAAAUAUAAGGCACCCACUUUUGUUUUUAAACAACGGACACUCGACGAACCGAAGAUGUUUCAGGGCUGGGGGUCGUGGCUUGGUUUAGAGAAGUCCACGGGGACAAGCAAUGGGGAAAAUGAACGAGAUGAUGUCGUUGUGAAAGAAGAUACAACUAUAGAACAAGUAAACAAACAUAUGGCCGUAGAUGGAAAGGUUGACGAAGAGAGAAAUGGAGAAUCUGAAGCAAAAGAAGGCGAUCCAACUCAGCAACUUAUUCAACAGGCGAAAGGUCUCAGUGGUUACUUGUAUAGCUUCGCCAGUAAUGCCACCAAGAAAAUAUCGGAGUCCGUAGUGGAGACAGCGCACACUAUAAAGAAAAGUGUGGAGGAAGGGAAUCUCGAUGGCAUCAUUGACAAGACAAUUUUGGGAGACUUUCAAAAAGAACAGGAAAAGUUUGUUCAAGAAAAGAAUGCAAGGAAGACAGAUGCUGCCGUACCUCCUUGGGUUGGCUACAAUGAAGAGGAGACCAUACAGCAGCAGAUUUUGGCUCUAUCAGCUGACCGGAGAAAUUUUCUGCGUGACCCACCUGCCGGGGUCCAGUUCCACUUUGACUUUGACCAGAUGUACCCCGUUGCCUUGGUGAUGCUGCAGGAGGACGAGCUGCUCAACCGCAUGCGCUUUGACCUGGUCCCCAAACACGUGAAGGAGGACGUGUUCUGGAGGAAUUACUUCUACCGCGUUUCGCUGAUCAAGCAGUCAGCUCAGCUCACGGCCCUGGCCGCCCAGCAACAGGCUGCCGAGAAGAGGGAGGAGACAAACCCCGGAAACGCAGAGAGCGCCCACCUCGCAGAAAACAUCAGACCAAAAACCCCUCCCACGGCCAUCAAAAGCCAAUCAAAGCCCAGUGAGCAUGAUGAAGAAGAAAUCUCCACCAGCCCCGGUGUGUCCGAGUUCGUGAGCGAUGCCUUCGAUUCGUGCAGCAUCAAUAAGGACGACCUUCGGAAAGAGAUGGAGCAGUUGGUGCUGGACAAAAAGGAGGGCGGGGCUGAUCCCGAGGAGGAACCAGCUGACUGGGAGAAGGAGCUGCAGCAGGAGCUCCAGGAGUACGAGGUGGUGGCCGAAUCGGAGAACCGGGACGAGACCUGGGACAAGGAGAUCGAGGAGAUGCUGCAGGCAGACAGUUAGCCUCAGCUGCAGAGGAGAAGCUCGGCCUUGUGGUUCAUCACGGGAGCGAUGUGAAGAAGCAGUUCUAAAGGCCACUCGCAGCUCGGGGCCACGAAAGUAAUAAACUCUGUCGGUGAUGCAUUUAGGGGACAGCAGAACGUUUCCCAGAAUCCCGUGUGAGCAGACAUGUGUUCUAUUUCAUCGGUGGGCUUUUCAUGAUGUGUUGGAAGUUAAACAUUGUAGUAACAUUACAAAUGUUUCAACAUGAGAUGCCUUUCAUUCUGAAACUGAUUCUGUCACUGUCCAGAUGGAGUAUUUAUUUUGUAGGGAGCAGUCCAGAAGUGCCAAUUUGCAACCUGGCCGUAAUAUUCUACAGCGCCGUUGCGUUAUUUGAGCCAAUGUUGCAAAUUGCCGUGAUUUUUUAUUUCUUUUUUGAGUGGUUUCUUACACUGAUGAAGAACACACCUUGCACACAUCUUGCAUGUUUUAUUUUACUCUUUGAUGUGGGAGAUGUUUAUGCAUAAUUUUUGUUCUCAUUCCUACUAUGUGUUAAGUUUCCAUUCCUAGCACUCCCACAAGACAUACUGAAAGACGCCGGUAGUAAGGUCCAGGGCACCUAAUCAUAGUCACGCCCAAUGGUAAUAGAUCAAGAACGUGAAUUUCUAAGCAACUUGGAUGCGUAACAACCAGCUUUUCUCACCAGCAGAAUUUGUCACUUUUUAAAAUGUAUGUUUCUUAUCUGGUGGGAAGUUUAGUUAAUUAUUAUGAUGUUGAUUGAGAAUUAAAUCUGUACAUGAAUAGUUCUUGGAAAUGACUUUGAGUCUUUUAGAAAUAUUGUUAUUAGUACUUGACAAUGUAUCCUAUAAAACAAUUUCUAAGCUUCUGAUUUUUUUUCUUAUAACUUGAUGGAAUAUCUUAUUUCUGUGCUGCUAAGUAAAUAUAGCUUGUCCUGUUCUUGUAUUAAUAUUUACUUUAAUAAAUACUUUGACACUG